AUGGGAGAUCUUAACAGUUCUGUGGAUUUUUACCCAAAAAACCAGAGGAGAGAGCAGAACCAUGCUGGUGGUUUCGGAUGCACGUUACAGGAGCUGCGUUCCCUGAUGGAGCUACGCGGAGCAGAGGCCAUACAAAAAAUCCAGGAUAGUUAUGGCGAUGUCCAUGGCCUCUGCAGGAGACUCAAGACUUCUCCCAAUGAAGGUUUGUCUCAGAACGAAGCUGACUUUGAGAAAAGAAGGCAGAUAUAUGGUAUGAACUUCAUACCCCCCAAAAAACCCAAAACCUUCUUACAAUUAGUCUGGGAAGCUCUACAGGAUGUGACUCUUAUCAUUUUGGAAGUUGCUGCUAUCGUCUCACUGGGUCUUUCAUUCUAUGCACCACCAGGAGAACAGAGUGAGAAUUGUGGGAAUGUUGGAUCUGGAGGUCAUGAAGAAGGAGAAGCUGAAGCUGGGUGGAUUGAGGGAGCCGCCAUAUUGCUCUCUGUCAUCUGUGUUGUGUUGGUUACGGCCUUUAAUGAUUGGAGUAAAGAAAAACAGUUCCGGGGCCUGCAGAGUCGCAUUGAACAAGAGCAAAGAUUCUCCGUCGUCAGAAAUUGCCAAGUCAUACAGAUCCCAGUGGCCGAGCUCAUUGUGGGAGACAUCGCCCAGAUAAAAUAUGGCGACCUGCUGCCCACAGAUGGAGUUCUGAUCCAGGGAAACGAUCUCAAAAUUGACGAAAGUUCAUUGACGGGAGAGUCAGAUCAUGUGCGCAAGUCUGUAGAGAAGGAUCCAAUGCUGCUUUCUGGUACUCACGUCAUGGAGGGCUCAGGCAGAAUGGUUGUCACAGCAGUCGGUGUAAAUUCGCAGACAGGAAUUAUUUUCACAUUGCUUGGAGCUGGUGGGGAAGAAGAAGAGAAGAAAGACAAGAAAGGAAAGCAGCAGGAUGGGGCUGUGGAGACUAAUCUGAACAAAGCAAAAAAGCAAGAUGGAGCUGUUGCCAUGGAAAUGCAGCCACUGAAAAGUGCGGAAGGAGGAGAGAUGGAGGAGCGAGAGAAGAAAAAAGCCAGUGUCCCCAAAAAGGAGAAGUCAGUGCUACAAGGGAAGCUCACCAAGUUGGCUGUACAGAUAGGAAAAGCAGGUCUAGUGAUGUCGGCUAUUACAGUUAUCAUCUUGGUGCUGUACUUUGUGAUUGAAACCUUUGUGGUCGAGGGCAAGGUGUGGCUAGCAGAAUGCACCCCUGUCUACGUGCAGUACUUUGUCAAAUUCUUCAUCAUUGGGGUCACUGUUCUUGUGGUGGCCGUGCCUGAGGGUCUUCCCCUAGCUGUAACCAUCUCUCUAGCCUAUUCUGUCAAGAAAAUGAUGAAGGACAACAACCUUGUUCGGCACUUGGAUGCUUGUGAGACUAUGGGUAAUGCCACCGCCAUCUGCUCAGACAAAACAGGCACUCUCACUACAAACAGAAUGACGGUUGUGCAGUCGUAUAUUGGAGAUGUCCAUUAUAAAGAAAGACCAGACCAACUCAGCCUCAAUCAAAAAAUACUGGACCUGCUAGUCAACACCAUUGCCAUUAACUGUGCCUACACCACCAAGAUUCUACCUCCAGAUAAAGAAGGUGCGCUUCCACAGCAAUUAGGCAAUAAAACUGAGUGCGCCCUGCUUGGAUUUGUUCUGGAAUUGCAACGGGACUACCAGCUGGUGCGAGACCAGAUUCCUGAGGAAACGCUCUACAAAGUGUACACAUUCAACUCUGUUCGUAAGUCAAUGAGCACCGUAAUUUGCCUACCUAAUGGAGGAUACAGACUGUACAGCAAGGGAGCCUCCGAGAUCCUCCUGAAAAAGUGUUCAAAUAUCUUAAAUGGCAACGGAGAUCUCCGAUCAUUCCGGUCUCGAGAUCGAGAUGAAAUGGUAAAAAAAGUAAUCGAACCAAUGGCGUGUGACGGACUACGGACCAUCUGCAUUGCUUAUCGGGAUUUUCAAGGCAUACCUGAGCCAGAGUGGGAUAAUGAAAAUGAGAUUGUCGGAGACCUAACUUGCAUUGCUGUAGUAGGAAUAGAAGAUCCUGUAAGGCCGGAGGUUCCAGAAGCGAUUCGAAAGUGUCAGCGUGCUGGAAUCACUGUGCGUAUGGUCACCGGAGAUAAUAUUAACACUGCACGCGCUAUUGCAGCCAAGUGUGGGAUAAUUCAACCUGGAGAGGACUUCAUUUGCUUGGAAGGAAAAGAGUUCAACCGACGAAUCAGAAAUGAGAAAGGAGAGAUAGAACAAGAACGUCUGGAUAAAAUUUGGCCAAAGCUAAGGGUUCUUGCCCGGUCUUCCCCAACUGAUAAACAUACACUAGUCAAAGGGAUAAUCGACAGCACAAUUGGUGAACAGCGUCAGGUUGUGGCAGUGACAGGGGAUGGUACAAACGAUGGCCCAGCACUUAAAAAGGCAGAUGUUGGCUUUGCAAUGGGUAUAGCUGGAACUGACGUAGCCAAGGAAGCGUCGGAUAUCAUUUUAACAGAUGAUAACUUCUCCAGCAUUGUCAAGGCUGUUAUGUGGGGCCGCAAUGUAUAUGACAGCAUUUCCAAGUUCCUUCAGUUUCAGCUAACGGUCAAUGUGGUAGCUGUGAUCGUGGCCUUUACUGGGGCGUGUAUUACUCAAGACUCUCCUCUAAAAGCUGUCCAAAUGCUCUGGGUAAAUCUAAUUAUGGACACAUUUGCUUCACUGGCUCUUGCAACGGAACCACCAACAGAAUCUCUCCUUUUGCGUAAACCUUACGGAAGAAACAAGCCUCUCAUCUCUCGCACCAUGAUGAAAAAUAUCCUUGGCCAUGCAGUUUAUCAGCUUAUCAUUAUUUUCACACUGCUUUUUGUUGGUGAAAUCAUUUUUGACAUUGACUGUGGACGAAAUGCACCUUUACACUCUCCUCCAUCUGAGCAUUACACCAUCAUCUUUAACACCUUUGUCAUGAUGCAGUUAUUCAAUGAAAUAAAUGCACGCAAGAUCCACGGAGAGAGGAACGUUUUUGAUGGAAUCUUUGGGAAUCCAAUCUUCUGUAGCAUUGUGCUGGGCACUUUUGCAGUCCAGAUUUUGAUUGUGCAGUUCGGAGGGAAACCCUUCAGCUGUUCUCCACUAAACGCCCAACAAUGGCUUUGGUGUCUGUUUGUAGGAGUGGGUGAACUUGUCUGGGGACAGGUGAUCUCCUCAAUUCCAACAAGCCAUCUUAAAUGUCUGAAGGAGGCAGGGCAUGGUCCUGGAAAAGAUGAAAUAACGGAUGAGGAACUAGCUGAAGAUGAAGAAGAAAUUGAUCAUGCUGAAAGGGAACUCCGCCGUGGUCAGAUCCUUUGGUUCAGAGGCCUGAACAGAAUCCAGACUCAGAUCCGGGUGGUGAAAGCAUUCCGUAGUUCUCUCUACGAAGGUCUAGAAAAACCUGAAUCCAAGACCUCCAUUCACAACUUUAUGACAACCCCUGAGUUUCUGAUUAAUGAUUACAUUCACAAUAUUCCUCUUAUUGAUGACACGGAUGCUGAAGAUAGCGAGGAGACGCAAUACAAGGUUCUGUGGUCCAUCCCACCCCCUUCUCCCAACAAGAACAACAAUGCUAUUGAUAGUGGAAUUUACUUGACCACAGACACCAGCAAGUCGGCUACCUCCUCCAAUCCAGAAAGCCCAUUGCACAGCGUGGAGACAUCUCUCUAACAGAUUAUCAAACUAAUCUCCAGUAACCAUGACAACAGCAAGACAAUAGGACUGUAUCCCAUUUCGCUGAUUAGUCAGCAAAGCAAAAUUCAAUAGCUCAAACAAACUAGAUGUAUUUGCAUCAAACCACUAUGGGGUAAAAAAAAAAAAAAGACCAAAA